UGAAGCUGUUAAUUGAUCAGGAAAAGGCCUACCAAGAAAGAAAGGAAGAAGAUAAUAAUAAAAAGGUCACAAGUCUGAAGGAGGAGCUGACAAAACUCAAGUCAUUUGCGUUGGUGGUUGUGGAUGAACAGCAGCGUCUCACUGAACAGCUGAAUCAACAAACAGCCAAGGUGCAGGAACUGAGUGACAGCGCCUCACAAGCCCAAGAGGAGCUGAGCUCAGCUAAUGCUCGACUACAGGAGGAGGAGCAAAAGGUCUUUCGCUUGGAGGCUGAGCUGAGUGACCAAAAGGGUCGAUACCAUCAGGAACAAGAGGCCAUGACUGCCAAAUUGACCACUGAGGAUGCCCAAAACAGGCAGCUGCGUCUCAAAAUGUCAACUCUCAGCAGGCAGCUUGAUGAGCUGGAGGAGACCAACAAGACACUGCGCAGAGCUGAGGAGGAACUGCAGGAGCUGAGGGAUAAAAUAAGUCGUGGUGAGUGCGGAAACUCUAGCCUCAUGUCUGAGCUCGAAGAGUUACGGAAAAGGGUCCUUGAAAUGGAAGGGAAGGAUGAAGAGUUGAUCAGGAUGGAGGAUCACUGCAGGGACCUCAACAAGAAACUGGAGAAAGAGGCAAAUCAAAGCCGGAGCCUGAAAGCUGAGGUCGAUAAACUGAACAACAGAAUUAUGGACUUGGAGAAACUGGAGGAUGCUUUCAGCAAGAGCAAACAAGAAUGCAGCUCACUCAAAAGCAACAUGGAGAAAGAGAAGACAGUGUCAAAGGUUCUGACCAGUGAGCUUGAAGUGUUGAAAAUCAGGGUCAAAGAGCUUGAGACUGCUGAGAGCCAAUUGGGAAAGACAGAGCUGAGUCUGAAGGAAGAUCUCACCAAGUUAAAGACUCUCACAGUCAUGCUUGUGGAUGAGAGGAAGGCAAUGGCGGAGAAGUUGAAGCAAAUGGAGAACAAAGUCCAAAACAGCACUGGCAAACUUCAGGCUGAACAGGAUAAAGUUACAUCAGUCACAGAGAAGCUGAUUGAGGAAAGCAAGAAAGCCCUGAGGUCUAAGGCUGAACUGGAGGAGAAAAUGUGCAGCGCUACAAAGGAAAGGGAUGACUUGAAAGCAAAGCUGAGAGCUGAGGAGGAAAAGAGCAAUGAUAUGGAGUCGAAGAUCAGUAUGAUGAAGAAAAGGUUGCAAUCGCUAGAGACCAUUGAAAGAGAGCACCUGAGAAACAAAGCAAAAGAGGAGCACAUCAAAACACCCAUUGCUAACCGCUUCCAACAAGAAGACAACAAAGUCAAAGACUUGACGCAGGAGGUUGAACGCCUCAGACGCAAAUUAAAAGACAUGAAGGUGGUGGAAGGUGACCUCUUAAAAACAGAGGAGUUUGAGUCACUGGAGAAACGAUUCAACAACGAACAAGAGAAAGCUAAAGCCUUGAUGGAAGAGCUGGAAAUAUCCAGGAAUGAACUUUCAAAGUACCAAUUGGCAGAAAAGAAAGAGUGCAACCAAGAGCACGUUCUCUAUAAGCGCUUGAAGGAUGAGGAGGCAAAGUCAAGUCACUUGACGAGAGAGGUAACAGCUUUGAAAGAGAAGAUCCAUGACUUUAUGGGAACAGAGGACUCAAUUUGCCGCAUGAAAACUGACCACUCUACACUGCAAAGAAAACUGACCCAGCAGGAGGUCAGAAACAAAGAACUGGCCAGAGAGAUGGAGACACUCACAAGAGAGCUUGAGAGAUACAGACGAUUUAGCAAAAGUCUUCGUCCUGGCAUGAAUGGAAGGCGUUUUUCAGACCUCCACGUUUCCACAAAGGAAGUUCAGACUGAGCCACUUGACCUCAUGUCCCCGAACUGCAAGACAAUCGCACCGCUGGAACGGGCUGUGGUAAACGGGAAGCUGUACGAUGAGAGCGAAACUGAAGACAAUGCAAACUACAGCAAUGAGCUUCAACUCAGCAAAUGUAGCCCCUCGCUUAUCAAUAAUGUAAAUAACCUCAACAACAACAUGAGAAGAGCCAGAGUCCCGUUCCUUAAAAACAAAGACACACCACAUCAGGUGAACGGCAAAGUGCAACCGCGGCAGAACGGCAACCACGUCCAGUCUGGAGAUGUUGUGUUGACCCACAGUCCUGGGCAACCUCUGCACAUUAAAGUUACUCCUGACCACGGACAUAACACAGCAACAUUAGAGAUCACCAGCCCGACCACAGAAAACACCCAGUCAUUCACCAGCACUGCCGUCAUACCCACAAGUGGAGGUCCACCCAAACAGAGAAUUACCAUCAUUCAAAAUGCUUCCAUGUCCCCAACUGCAAAAUCCAUUUCCCCAACAAUCAAAUCCAAAGGUUCGCCAAUAUCCGACGGUCUGUGUUCACCUGAUAGAUCCCUGUCACCUUUCACCAUGGCCACAUACUCCAGAGCAAUGACUCCGGAUUCUUGCGGCUCUGUUACGCCAGACAGAGCCAUGUCACCUAUUCAAAUUGUGUCGGUCACAACAGGCACCCCUGACCGCUCCCUAUCCACAGAGCCGGUGGAGGUUGUUGGAGGACAUGCCGUCUUCCGUGUGUCGCCAGAAAGGCAAACCAGCUGGCAGGUGCAGAGGUCAAACAGCUCUGGGCCAAAUGUCAUCACAACAGAGGACAACAAAAUCCACAUUCACUUAGGGAGCCCCUUUAUACAGAGCAUCAGCACUCCGACACAAACACUGAGUCCGUGCCAUACCCCUGGACUCCAGGAGCAGAGGACUCAGGUGCUUGCAAAUUGCAGUACUCCUACUCUCAAAGGCAACAGCAAAAUCACAAGUAGCAUCAUGAUUAAGCCCACCUCUACCCCAAUCCAAAGGCCAUCACAAAUUACAAUACCUCCAGAGGCAUUACGCCGACCAGGACCCACAAGAAUCCCCAAACCGAAGGGCUACAGCUCCCAGAAAGGGACAAACAGCACGGCAGCAAACGUGGGACUGCAGAACAAGAGUCAGACUAAUCAAACCACAGGGCAGCCUACAGCGCAAAACAACAACAACCCACAUCUGAUGAACCGCAGACUGUGAUCAUACAUGACCCUCUGUCAUUUGUUCUAAAAAUGUUGGGGCAGAAGGUGGAAACAUCCUCGUAGUUCCCUUGGAUUUAAAUAAUAACAACUCUCUGCAAAGGAGAAGUAACAGGAGAACUGAAACGCUAAAGUUUGUACGUCUUUUCCCUGAUUUAACUUAAGAACAGAACUCUUCUGAUCAUUUGUGGUGCUGAAAACUGCAAAGUGCAACAUGUUAAUGUGUCAAUAUAAACGUGAACUCAUCGUAUCGUUUGUAAAUAAAUGUGCAGAACAUUUGAGAAAAUAGAUUAUUUAAUAUUUACAGUGAUGCUGUCGAAGAUGUCACUGACUGAAACUGAAGGGUUAAACUAGAAGUUACUUUAUGUUGUUGAGAGAAAAUGAAUGUUUAUUAGUUUUGAGAUUGUAUUAAUUCAUCUGUUAGAACAAACUAUGGUUUAUUUAUUUUUAGGGAUAUUUUGAAUCAGGUGGCAAUAAUGUACAUAAGCGUAAAAGUGAUGUGACGUGUAAAGCAGCUACUUGAUAGUGAUCAUCUUUAAA